GAAAUCAUUGACAGCUAUAAAUUCUUGAUGUUCGAGUAUUGUCAAGAAAUUUCAAAAUUCACUUUGAAAAUGUCGCAAAUUGAAGUGAAAGCACAAAAACUUCGCGAUGAGGCCGUCAAGAAAAGAAACGCGAAUGGUUUUUUCAAAACUCUUUUUAGUAAAAGCAACGAUACCAUAGAUGAAUCUAUAGAGUAUUACGCCAGAGCCGCGAAUCUGUUCAAGAUGGCGAAGAAUUGGUCUCAGGCUGGUCAUGCUUUUUCGGAUGCUGCGGAGCUUAGUCUUCAAAACGAGAGUCAACCGGAGGCUGCUGUUUAUUUCAUCGAAGCUGCAAAUUGUUUCAAAAAAUGCGAUACUUCGAAAGCAAUAGAACUAUAUCAGAGUGCUAUUGCCAUUUAUAGAGAUAAAGGCAAAUACUCGUCUGCUGGCAAAUACCAUCAAGUUAUUGCUGAAAUCCUAGAAGACGAAUACGACAUCCAAGAAGCUGUUGAACAUUUCGAAAGGGCCACGGAAUAUUACAAACAAGAGUGCAAUUUUUCUUGUGCCAAUAAAUGCCUGGAAAAAAUUGCUGAAUAUUCCGCGUUAUCAGAAGACUAUGAUAAGGUGAGAUUUCUUUCUCCGACUUUAAAUAUUGAUUCUCCAUGA